AUGAAGAUCAUAUUUGCGGCCGCCGCUCUUUUGGCUGUGUGCUCACAAGCAUUUGCCACACAAUGCCACGUGAACCCAGUAAACAUCCCACAGGACUGGAUUACAAUGCACUCUCGGUGCCGUACUAGCAUGAGGACUCAAAUCCAGAUGGAAGUCGCCGCUUCACUGCAGUAUCUCGCCAUGGGCGCACAUUUCUCUAGAGAUGGGAUCAACCGACCUGGUUUCGCGAAACUUUUCUUCGAAGCGGGAUCUGAAGAAAGAGAGCACGCUAUGAAGUUGAUUGAGUACCUGCUCAUGCGAGGCGAGCUCACCGGAGACGUCAGCUCUCUCAUUACAGUCAAGCCCCCUCAACGUAAGACCUGGGACAGUGGUGUGGAUGCACUCCAGCACGCGCUGAAACUGGAGACUGAAGUCACCAACAGCAUCAGAACUGUUAUUUCUAAUUGCGAGGGUGAUCCAGAGUUUAACGACUACCACCUUGUCGACUACCUGACCGGUGAAUUCCUAGAAGAACAAUACAAGGGUCAACGUGACCUUGCUGGCAAGGCUUCCACUUUGAAGAAGAUGAUGGAUCGCCAUGUGUCCCUUGGAGAGUUCCUGUUUGAUAAGAAACUCCUUGGCAUGGAUAUCUAAGCAGCUAAUUCUUAUAGAAAUUAAAAAAAUAAAAAGUCAUUUAGAAUUAUAAUUAUUUUUCCGUACAAAGUUAUGUUUGAAAAUAUUAGUGAUUUUAAAUGGUUCUUUAGUUUACUAUAUUAUGCAGAAUGUUGAUUUCCUGUCGAAGCGCAGCCAUGUUUAUUUUUCUUUUUUCACAGUUUUACACACUUGCGCGCGAAGUAUUUUACAAUUGUAUGUAUAUCCCACAAAAAGGAAAAUAAAAUGACGGUUUUCGUCGUUACAGUUUUUUUUUAAAUUUUAAGUUUAUUAGUUUGAGGUACUUUUAAUAUUAUUUGUUACCUUUUCAAGCUGAUGACUCUAUUGACUUAACGGUGAUCUGAAACGUCAAUUAACUCGAGAUCGAAAUUAAAAUUUUACGCUAGCUUAAAGUCUCAUGCAGAUCGAUAAAGGAACUGCCAAGCAAUUUACCAAGAAAGCUUCGCUUCGUUAAUUUUACCUGUAUGAAUUGUAGGGAAAGAAAAUAACCCGAAAAAAUCACUAAUAUUUAAUUUCCCGCGUUAAGAGGCCGCCAUUUUGAAAAGACAUUUAUAAUGGCAUUAAAAGUUCCAUAAAAAUCCUUAGUGAAUGUUAAAUUGUAGUGAAUGUACAAAAUCAUUAGGUUAGGUUUAGCUUACUUAAAUUGUAUACUCCACUAAAUGCCAUGUUUGUUAUUUUUAUUUUUUACGUUACGUGAUUCAGUCGCUUAUAAGUAUCAUUUUUUUUAUAAAACAUCGUUUUGAAAA